AUGACGGUUGUUUUUAUGCGUCAACAUGAAAAAAUCAUAUCAACAUAUUUCUUCGGCGGCAGUAGUACAGCACAAAUAGUCAUCGUCGAUACUGGGAAUUUAGCUAUCGACGAGGUCGAGGAAUUCAGGCCUGCCUCGGAAAUGAUAAUCGAUGAAAUCUGCGAUUCUUCACCAAUACACAGGCAUAUUGAAAACUUAUCGAUAGUACAGCGUCCGUGUACGCCAUUAGCGGUACACUCCGGUGACGUCAAUACGGAACUAGACGUCAACGAAAAUGACGGCGUUGAAAUAGCGUCAGCGACGACGAUAGAAGUAGCGCCGGUCGACGAAGAUAAACCACCACCUAUUCGGCAUGUGAUGGUCGAUGAACCCUUUAUGAUGGACAGCAACAAAUUGAAAGACAAUGAUGAGCGGCUCGAUGCGUAUUUAGAUUUUAUGAAUAACGUGACCGAAUUGAUCAGUAUUGAAGAAGAUAUCGAUGAAAACGAACUUGAUAAAUUGUUAGAUACCGACGACAAAUACGAAAUAUUCGACAGAGCUUUUAAAAAAAUCGGAGAUGACACAAUUAAUAAGCCACUUUAUAAAAGCAUUAAGGUAGACAUAAAAAAGUUGUCAGUUGCAAAACAUCAGUUGUUGGUUAAAGGGAGACAGGAGAUUUAUGAGAAAAAUCUAAAUCUGGACAUCUACUCGACCACAAUGGAGAAUCGCGCCGAUAAUGAAAUGUCCGACACUAAGGUAGAAAGGUUAUCAUUUAAGUACGUUUGGGAAGAGUUACGAAAUCUGAAAAGUACUAAAGCAUUUUGUGAACAUUUGAAGGACAAUCCAGACUUGGAAAAGCCAAAAUAUCUCGUAGACCUUGGCUUUUUCAACAAUAAUUAUCAUACAAGUAACAAGAAAAGGAAAUCUUUAGCUUUACACGAAAAACAUACAAGGUUAUAG